AUGGUAGUUUGUGAACUGGACAAGGAGGUUUCUGGUGAAAUACUUGGAUGGAAGCUCUCCGCUUGGCAGGCACUGUUAUUUCACCGUGUACUGCCAUCUUGCGGUGGCCUAGUUCUUUAUCUCGUAAUCAUUUGUUUUGAUUUAGCACUAGUUUCUCAACAUUUACAAAAUGGUAAUAAGGUGUUAGCUGGUUUUUGUAUGACACUUAUAUAUUUGCCAGCAAUAAUAUCUCUAGUAUUUACACUAGCAUCGCCCCCGCCAAGCCUACAACCAGAGGGCAAUUCGUUCGGCGUUACGAUUCAAAAAUCUGAUUUAAGAUGGAUUUUUAUUCAGCUCGCAAGCGGUAUAUUUUUUCCAAUUGCAGCUAUUGGAAGGUAUAGUUAUUUAAUAUUUUGGUGGGUGGAAUGCGUUUACGCGGCCCGAUCGCAAAAUGACAAACGUACGAGAGACGCUCUUAUGCGAGCAAGAACACCAUCCUCGGUAGAGCUCUAUCUGUUUCUACAGGCGUUUAUACAUUCGGCUCCUCACGCUGUAAUUAAUAUGUUAAAUAUGAUGGCAAGUUUUGCUAAUCCUGUUUAUGAUAUAAUGCAACUUCAAGCAGUAACAUUGGUAGCUUCAUCUUUACGAAUGGCAAGCACAGCCACUCUGUACAGAAGAUUUGAAAGAGAGAAGGUAUGCGGCCGUAGAUAUCCAUGGAGCAUACAUCUUAACGAUUUAAAUGAUACCAACGCAGAUAAUACUAUUGUUAAAAAUAAUGACUCGAAAAAAGAAGAAGAACCAAUUUAUGAAUCUAUUUUACGCAAACAAUAUGUACCAUUCUUACGACAUUCAGAAGAGGCUACCCAGAGGGAUGUGAUAGUGAGUGACAUGAUUCAAUUUUCCCCACGUCAGUCCGAAAGGACAACUAUUUAUGAAGAGGACGAAGAUUAUGAUGAGUCAGAUACAAGCUCACAAUAUAUGACUCCAACAGUCAAUCGAUAUGAUAACGUAGACAGUGACGAGGAAUACGUUCGUCCUGUCUCUAUCAUUGAUAGGGUUGCGCCACGAAGACAUGAUACGUAUAGAGUUCAGAAUGUUAAUAUUGCCCCACCGCCUUCAACACCAGCGCCACGACCGGGUUCAAUUGCAGUCUGGGCAGAAAAAAUGGUGGAGAAUGCAGAGUCGAUUCCCACGUGGCUGUCUGCUCCUCCUCGAAGAAGACACAUCGAUAUUAUACAAGAAGACUCUGAUUUACCUCUACCGCGUCGUGUGCCCGGAUCCCAAAUCCGAGGGUUGGAACCACCAGACGCGACGGCUGCCUUCUUCCAUUUCCUCGGAUGGUACGGCUUCUUCAUUGCGCGAUUGCUCUCUAUAGCUGCAUUUAUCAACUUCUCGUCCUAUUUCUCUAUCAUUGUUUUCUUUAUACACUAUCAAAUAAUGUUGUUAUUCCUCAUAGUUCCUCAGGCGCCAACAGUGCGGCGCGCGUUUUACGUUUUUCUCGCAUUCAUUUAUUUAUUUUGCUUAAUGGAGUUUAAAAUACGUUUUCGUCAUGUCAGGGUGUGGCAUUUAUUCUGGUUUCUGGUGUGCACUGCUGAAACUGUGAUAUUUAUAGCUCUUUGGGCCACCAUAGACAACCCUUUGCACAGUUGGUGGAAAAAUUACGUAGUUCUGGUAACAAUGGGUAGUAUGAUUUUAAGUUAUAUGUUAUUUUUAAUUUAUUUUUUGGUGUUGCAACCGAGAGAAACCGUUAUACACGUUAAGAAUCCUAAUAAUAGUUCGGAGCGUAGGUAG